AUGAUUCUGGAAAAAGAUGCAGAAGUCCCUACUUCGACAGAGAAGAAGGAAAAGCAAACCACGCCGUACAUGACAAAAUAUGAACGUGCAAGGAUUUUAGGCACUCGUGCUCUUCAAAUUAGUAUGAAUGCACCAGUUAUGGUAGAACUUGAAGGUGAAUCAGAUGCUUUAGUGAUCGCCAUGAAAGAGUUGAAGGAAAAAAAGAUUCCUCUUGUUGUUAGAAGGUUUUUGCCUGAUCAAACAUAUGAAGAUUGGGAUGUGAAGGACCUUAUUGUCGAAUAG